UAUAAACGGCUCGCUUCAGACAUGCUGUCCUGUGUCCCUGCGUGCAGUGGGUGUGGAUUGUGAAGUGGAUUUCGUGGAUUGUGGUGGGCUGUGCAGUCCUGUUCUUCGUGGGGUCGAGGGCUUGCAUCGCGCUGCUGUGAAGCGGAGGGGGAGGGACCGGAGACUGAGAGCUGAGCGAGUCACAUAAUUGACUUUAAAAAACACUGAACACACGUAGACACACCAACACAACGCAUGUGCGGACUGGCGGCAUUGCUGGACUGGGCAUGUUUAAAACGACGAGAGAGACAGAGAGACAGACAGGGAAAGAGACAGACAGGGAGAGAGUGACAGAUAACACAUUUAUUGUCGCUGCGUUAGUGAACGCAGCAGCGCGCCUCAGCGUGUUUGAUUUCAUUGUCUCUGGUCUAUUAGUUGUAUUUGUUCGCGUUAUCUGCGCUGUUAGUGCUCUGCCUCGCCUCGCCCUGAGCGUCCCUUGUGUUAAUGUCGUGAAGGAGGAGGGGGAGAGCAGCGGGCUGCCGUGUUCACUGUGCCGGCUCUGCCUGCCUGUCUGCCCGCUGUGUGACACUGUCUCGCACGCCUCGCUCUGGGUUUAUAUGCCGCUGUGUCGGAGCCGCCGUGGCUGCCAGCAGGAUGACCGCGCUGCCCGCAGGACUGAUCAACUGGAUGAUUCUCAUCACCCUGUGCCGGGACUGGAGACCAGUAACAGCGGCGGGACCGCAGCCCGGAGCACUGCCGCCCUCCCUGCCUUCACCAUCGGCGCCCUGGACCGAAACUGCUAAGGACUUGACUACCGAGAGGAGAACGGCGGAGCGCCCCUCGGACCCAGCCUCCCCCUCACCUGCACCGGCCGCUGACCCGGGAAGUAGACCCGAACCAGCGGAGGAUGGGAGGUGGCGAGGGGCUGGGCUGGGGAGCCGGGUUCGGCGAGGGCGGAGAGAGAGCAGAAGCGGGACCAAGCGCGACCCUCACUCCCCGCCGGUACCGAUUCAGCACCACGACUCGGGGACAGCGAUCUGUGCUUACGAAGUGAUCCGCGCAGGGGGCGGGGCGUGGGGGGAGGACGGCGGCUCAUCCUCGCCUUCAGCCGGCAACAGGGUCUGCUUCAGAUACCCCGAGACCGGCUUUGCGUGCCGGGAGAGGGACUGCAAGGCGCACAAGUCCUUGGGCAGGACGCAGCUGGUCGCCAACGUGUUAAAAAACAGCAGUGUGUAUUUGCAGUGGAAGAGCCCCUCUUCUCACCCGCGCCCUUCUCCUCCUGCACCGUCUGCCCUGCAGCGGAACAGCCCGGCCGGGGCGCUGCAGGUCUGGGGCUUCUACAUGAAGUGCUCGUGGAAAGGCACGUACACGCACUUCCAGUGUGACGGCGUGCGCCUCGGCGCGAGCUGCAGGGACUACCUGCUGACGGAUGUGCACGACAGCGUGCGCUACAGAAUCUGCUUGCGUGCUCUCUACACCCGCGGCGCCGGCAAUGGCACAGCCGAUACCAGGCGCGCCAGGAGAAGCCACGGCACCGCCAGCGAGCCUCCAGGGCCCGGGGACUGCCUCGAGUUCACCGUGGAUCCGGCUGGCAUGCAGGACAUUGUGAUCGCGAUGACCGCGGUAGGGGGGUCGAUCUGUGUCAUGCUGGUUAUUAUCUGUUUGCUGGUCGCCUAUAUCACAGAGAACCUCAUGCAGCCUGCCCUGGCCAGGGCCUCAGUGAGAAGAGGGCAACACCACGAGUAUAACAUACCCACUUAACACGCACAGCGCGGAACAGCGCCUCUGUGUCUAGUCAUUGUAGCUGACCAGGGCAGGAAGGGAGGGAGGGAGAAUUUCACAAUGGGAGUAGAGGUUCGUGUGUAGCUCACUGUUCGUCUCGUCUCUGUAGUUGUAUGUAGUUGUGAGAGCCGCAGGUAAUAAUAUAUAUAUAUAUAUAUAUAUUAUUACACAGUAGCGAUAUGACGUUCACAUUAGAUAAAGCAGUUUCUCUAUCUUUAAACGGUACGCUUGUGUCCCCAAGUCUUACUGUAGUCUGCUUUAACGUUUCAGUGCAGUUAAAACACAGCAAAGCGUAAUAAAGCACAGGCAAGCAUUGUAGAGCACAGAGAGGCAUAGGGAAGCAUAGGGAAGCAUUGUAAAGCACAGAGAGGUCUGGUAAAGCAUAGGGAAGCAUUGUAAAGCACAGAGAGGUGUGGUAAAGCAUAGGCAAGCAUUGUACAGCACAGAGAGGUCUGGUAAAGCAUAGGGAAGCAUUGUAAAGCACAGAGAGGUCUGGUAAAGCAUAGGGAAGCAUUGUAAAGCACAGAGAGGUCUGGUAAAGCAUAGGGAAGCAUUGUAAAGCACAGAGAGGUCUGGUAAAGCACAGGGAAGCAUUGUAAAGCACAGAGAGGUCUGGUAAAGCAUAGGGAAGCAUUGUAAAGCACAGAGAGGUCUGGUAAAGCAUAGGCAAGCAUUGUACAGCACAGAGAGGUCUAGUAAAGCACAGGCAAGCAUUGUACAGCACAGAGAGGUCUGGUAAAGCAUAUGGAAGCAUUGUAAAGCACAGAGAGGUCUGGUAAAGCAUAUGGAAGCAUUGUAAAGCACAGAGAGGUCUGGUAAAGCAUAGGGAAGCAUUGUAAAGCGCAGAGAGGUCUGGUAAAGCAUAUGGAAGCAUUGUAAAGCACAGAGAGGUCUGGUAAAGCAUAUGGAAGCAUUGUAAAGCACAGAGAGGUCUGGUAAAGCAUAGGGAAGCAUUGUAAAGCGCAGAGAGGUCUGGUAAAGCAUAGGGAAGCAUUGUAAAGCACAGAGAGGUCUGGUAAAGCAUAGGGAAGCAUUGUAAAGCACAGAGAGGUCUGGUAAAGCAUAGGGAAGCAUUGUAAAGCACAGAGAGGUCUGGUAAAGCAUAGGGAAGCAUUGUAAAGCACAGAGAGGUGUGGUAAAGCAUAGGAAAGCAUUGUAAAGCACAGAGAGGUGUGGUAAAGCAUAGGGAAGCAUUGUAAAGCACAGAGAGGUGUGGUAAAGCACAGGGAAGCAUUGUAAAGCACAGAGAGGUCUGGUAAAGCAUAGGGAAGCAUUGUAAAGCACAGAGAGGUCUGGUAAAGCAUAGGGAAGCAUUGUAAAGCACAGAGAGGUCUGGUAAAGCAUAGGGAAGCAUUGUAAAGCACAGAGAGGUCUGGUAAAGCAUAGGGAAGCAUUGUAAAGCACAGAGAGGUCUGGUAAAGCAUAAGGAAGCAUUGUAAAGCACAGAGAGGUCUGGUAAAGCAUAGGGAAGCAUUGUAAAGCACAGAGAGGUCUGGUGAAGCAUAGGGAAGCAUUGUAAAGCACAGAGAGGUCUGGUAAAGUAUAUUGUAAGCUGUUCUAAGCAGCGAUCCUGCAGCAAUGCAAACAGCAGAGCUAGCCUCCCUAAACUGUGCCAUUUCCAUGUUGUGGAGAUUGCGUUUUAAAAUCUGUUUUAGAUGCAACAGCAAUGUCUAGAUGAAUCUAUUUGAAGUGUACCCAUGUGUUUGAAUGCACAGCUCUAUAGUAAAGUGCAUUCGUGUUGUAAUUGAAUCCUCACAGUGUCUGUCUUCAGCUCGGGGGGCUGCAGGGGGGUCGUGUCGGGAGCUCAGGUGGGCAGGAGACCCCUUGUGAUAUUUACAAUAGUGCUGUUCAUGUAUCUCUUAUUAAUAAAAUAUAUUGAUUAUAUAAAGACCUGAUUGAUUUGGAGCAUUCCUGAACGCUGCGGUCUCACUUACCUGUCCAGUUUGUUACUUACUAAUACAAACCUAUCACAAUAAA